GGUGUGUCCGAGGGAGCUACAGGUGAGCAUGAGGGAGCUACAAGUAAUGGUCACUGUCGGUAAAGCCUCUUGUAUUCACCUAGUUGUGCUUGCGGGGGUUGAGCUCAACAGAAGGCGUUAUGGCGCUUCCAAGCUACUAGGCCAAGCUAGUCAAGAGGCGCGGCGGGCAGUGUGGCGCGGGCCGGCGUGGGGAGAGGUGCUGCUCAGCGCCCGCCUCAUUGGUUGUACUAAAUUAAGUCACCUGGACAGUCCUGUGCAUGAGGUUACCUGCGCCAGGCUUACAGAUAUGUACGAGGGUGCAUCAGUACAACGGCACUGCAGCUAUGGUUAACCAUAUACAAGAAAUUUGUCUCGUACAACGGCACUGCAGGUAUGGAGAGAAUAAAGUUACUUGCAAAAACUUCUCUCGAAUUGCAGUUGGUCAUUAUGUAGUAGAUACAUAUUCGCACCCAAGUACAAUAAGUGAAGGGAACAAGUCCAAUAAUUUUAAUAGGUACACACUAUUCCUUGAAGCGGUGAUCUUCUAAUAGGUAUAGUCUAAAGUGCUCCAUGUGUUAACCACUUCAGAGUGGUAAACAAAAAACCAGGCCCAUAAUAUGAACAUUUAAUUGUGGUGUAUCAUACGGUUAAUGUUGCGCUAACAAUUUUGGUUACAUUUCAAUCCUC